AUGUUGCACCGAGCACGAAUUUCGUUUGCACUGAUUACACUUGUCUUCGCUACGACCAUUAAUGGCGCAUUUAUUAGUACUAAGAAUGCUCUACGACGUACAUCAAUGAUCGAUACAAAUUACCAUCAGACUAAGAGUGUCGAGAUGAUACGAUGUCUCGUUAACUGCGAUGUUGAUUUCUCCUUUAAAGAUUCAGUGAUAAUACCAUCGAGUUGUCGAACUUAUUCGAACGCCGGACGAUGUGGAGUAACAUUUGAAAUGGAUUACGUGAGAAAGACCGGUUCCGCUUCAUUUGCUGCCGAUAAUUCAACAGAUAUCGAGUUCGAGACUGGUCUCGUAGUAGAUGCUCGAUUCUCUUUUGAACCGAGUGUCGAAAGAAAAGCACUAUGGUCUUAUGAAUGUGCGACAAGCAAUGAUUGUGCUUCCAAGUAUUUUCAGAAAUAUAUUUCGCACUAUAUCGAGCUGACAGAGCAACUUGAGACUUUGCAGAAUCUGAUGUCGUCAUUACUCUAUAAUGACAGCAAUUUACCAACUGUUCAUCAGUGUUAUCGUGAUCGGGACACGUUUGAAGAUUGUCAAAGUGGCAUUUGCACAUACUCUUGGGAGGCUGGUGAAAAUUCAACGACGAGAUAUAUGUGUGAACCGGCGAAAGUCCCUGUCAAUGUUUAUUAUCAAAUUCUUCGAACAGAUCCAGUUAUUCCAGUGUCUCCAAUUUUGGACGAAGUUCGUUAUGUAUGUAAUACCAACAAAUGUAACUCGUUCGAGUACGGUGUGGGAAUCAGAUUAGUCAUUGCGGAAAAGUGGGGUGGGAUUUUGGACACGAAUUCUGCAGCAACGAACUUGAUUACUGGGUCUCGAUAUGCGUUACUAAGUGUUUCUGUCAUUCUGAUGAAAUUUCUUUGCUAA